AUGACUAUUGCUGCAUAUGCGUAUGAAACAAAUGAAGCAAGAAGAGCACAUGAACUAGUAAACGAAAACUCAACUUUAACCAUUGAAGGCAAUGAUUUAGUCAUUGACGAUGGAAAAACUAAAAAAGUCAUUGAUUUCGAUACUUUUAACACUUAUGACCCAUUCAUUACAACAAGCAAGGUUCCCAUCAUAAAUGAUGGAACGGUGCAAUAUAUAAAUUCUACAGUAGAUGCCUCAUUAGUGAAAGUAUUAAAUGUUCUCAUUGAAUUGUUAAAGAGCUUUCGAUUUGACGACAACAUUAAAUGCCUAAAGAAUUUAGUCAUGAAUGAGAAACAAAUUCUCGGCGUUGCUGGUAGCAGUAAUGAUGUACACCUUAUGACAUUAGAAUAUUAUAACGAACAUAAAGAUGAACUGAAAGGAGAGAAGGGUGACACCGGACCUCAAGGACCACAAGGAAUACAAGGAAUACAAGGAAUACAAGGACCUCAAGGCGAAAACGGUUUGGAUGGAAAGGAUGGAAAGGAUGGAAAAACUGCUAAAUCAUGGAUAUGGGACCUUAUAAAUACUGGUUUAACAGCUGCUUCAUAUGGAGUUCUUCAAUACCAAAUCGGAAAGAUAUGGGCGGUACUUGGUGAAGAAGUUUUAAAUGACGUUAAAAAUGCUUUGAACUUCAUUUCAAAUGGUUCGGAUACUAUUAA